ACACGCACACCCAGCUGGAGCGCAGUUCGUUGUGAAUGGUUGAGGGCGCCUGGCCGGAGUACUCUGUACGGGCGAGGGGAGGGGCGAGAGGGAAGUCGCUCGCUCGCUCGCGCGCUGCGAGGGAGACAACCCGGCAGAGAGGGAGGGGAGUGGGUGUGCGGAGUGGAAGCGUCGAGGAGAGCGAGGCGCCUCUCGUCCUCCUCCCUCAGUGGCUCCAGAGACGCCUCGGCGGCGUGAGCCACGGCCGUUGUUGCCGCUCGCCCGCGUCGAGUCGGGCUUCCCUCUCCCCCACCCUUCCCCUCUUUUCUGAGUUGUGCUGAGGGAGGGAAAGAAGGACGGAAGCGGCUGCGGCGUGAGGGGGAACAUAUAUAUAUAUAUAUAUGUAUAUAUACAAAAGCUGCUGGGCUUCGUUUAAACGCCGCCGCGUCCUCCUCCUCCUCAGCGAGGGCGACAAAAGCCGGCUUCGCCUGAGGUAAACGAAGAAAGACGGAGGUGGAGCCCGAGCGCGGCUGAGGGAAGCAAAGCGGUCCAGUCAGUCAGUCAGUCCUUCGCGGCGGCGGCGGCGGUCGCGGCGGCUACCGCCGUUCUCGGUCCUCGCCGCCGCCUCCUCUUCCCCGGCCACACCAUGCCGCGGGUUGUCCCGGACCAGCGCAGCAAGUUCGAGAACGAGGAGUUCUUCAGGAAGCUGAGCCGAGAGUGCGAGAUUAAAUACACUGGCUUCAGGGACAGACCGCAUGAAGAAAGACAGGCCAGGUUUCAGAAUGCUUGCCGGGAUGGACGCUCUGAGAUAGCUUUUGUGGCCACAGGAACCAAUCUGUCUCUCCAGUUUUUUCCGGCCAGCUGGCAGGGGGAGCAACGGCAGACACCAACCCGAGAAUACGUUGACUUUGAAAGAGAGGGAGGCAAGGUCUACCUAAAAGCACCUAUGAUUCUUAAUGGUGUUUGUGUUAUUUGGAAAGGCUGGAUAGAUCUCCAAAGACUGGAUGGCAUGGGCUGCUUAGAAUUUGAUGAAGAGCGGGCACAGCAGGAAGAUGCAUUGGCACAGCAGGCUUUUGAAGAAGCUCGGAGAAGAACCCGUGAAUUCGAGGACAGAGACAGGUCUCAUCGGGAGGAAAUGGAGGUGAGAGUUUCACAGCUGCUGUCAGUUACUGGCAAGAAGACAACAAGACCCUAGCCCUGGAUCAAACCUAGGAAGUGGUGAUGAUCUCAAACUGCGUUAAGUGAGACAACAGCUGUGUCAUGAGUGUGCUUUUUAAACUUAGCAAAUGAUGGAAUUAAAAGACCAGAAACUGUGAUAACUGGGUAUAUACUAUAGUCUAUUCCCUGACCUACGGCAGCCAAACUAUCAUGUCCUGCCAUGGUUUGCACUAUGUUUGUGUUAUAUUACCUGCAUUUCUGUUCUUUAAGCAUGUCGCCAGUGAGAAUUUGAGAUUCUUGUUUUUCUAUGCAAGCUUAUAAUUUUAUUGGCACUAUUUUAGUGAAGAGAGAACUUUAUGCAGCUAUAAAAACAAUUCCUCAACUGUAAUAUUUGUUCAUUUCAGAAUAGGUCAAACAUUGCAGAAUAAAGUUUUUUGUGACUUUAAAAAAAACAAAAACUUUCUAUGCUAAUUUUUAGAUGCGCUUUUUGGAAGGUUAAUUGUGUUCUUUCCUUUACACAUGUGGUGUUGUCUUUUUGCACUUUCUUUUCUCUCUUUAAACUUGCAAAACAUUUUAUUCUUUCUGCAUUAUGCAGCCUACACCAAGUAGCAGUGUUGUCUGUCAACUGAUUUACUAAAUUACGUUUUCUUUUAAAGAAAACACUGCAAUAUACCAUGAAAGAUUGUUAAUUUAAAGCUAAUGUUUCAGACAGCAAAAUGUCUAAAUGAGUAUUUAAUCUAUCAGCACAUUCUCUUGUGGAUUCAGUUCUGCAGUUACUAGUUGGCAGUUAAUAUGCUCCCUGUUCAGAUAAUCUACUGAAAUUCAUUGAAACAAUUGCAGUAUGGCUUUGAUUUUAUUCAGGGACUCUGUAAAAAUAGAACUAAAACGGGAUACUGCAACUUUGUGAUUACGUUUGAUGUUAAUCUAGCAUGGCUGAGGGUAAAACUGGUAUCUUAAAUACAAUCAUGUUGAAAAUAGCUGCUGAUCUGUUUUUAUAUCCUACUCUUAUUCUAACUUUGGUGGAAAUAUACAUUGAGACAUUUGAAUUGUAUGCAGAACAGUCUCAAACUGGCCACACCUUGUCUUUGUGUUUUUGUUACUUAACAAAAUGAAUAAGCAUCAUUUGCUUUUGCCCUUCAUUCGCUGCUUUCUUUCAUUCUUUCACUCAGAGUACCGUUUGCCAAAUUUUGUGUCAAAUUGAUUUUGUUUCUCAGUUUAUUCUGUAGUGUGAACAUCAGUCUAAACUAUAUGAUCCAUUUGAGAUUUUCAGUCCCAGCAUUCAUUUUCUAUGUUAAUACAGUAGGGCCCCACUUUUCGGCGUUCUGCUAAUAUGGUGGUUUUCAAUUGGAGUAAGGCCCCACUCGUACGGCGCUUGUUCCGUUUUUACAGAGUUUUUCGGGUGUUGGGCACCAUUUUAUUGAUGGAGUUCCGCUUUUCAGCAGGUUUCGCUUUUAGGCGGGGGUCUGGAACGUAACCUGCUGUAUGAGUGGGGCCCUACUGUACAGGAUAUGUUAUUCCUUAUUAAUGGUGGCAGUUGAACUUUAAACAAUUACAAAUGCCCUUAAAAUUCAAAAUAGUUGAUAAAAAAUUUCCUGCAUAUAACAACUCUUAAUCUUUCUACUACUCUUAAUGGUCAAUCUAUAGUAUUGUCCCAAACAGAUCCACUAAACAGAAAUUCAUCACUCAUCUUGCUAAUUUUAAUAUUAUUUCUGUGCAUGUUUUCUUGUCCAAUUAAGAGACAAUGGUCCAAAACAUAGUUUUCUAUUGCUGUUCUGUUCUUGCCAGGGAUGUUCCCUUGUAUUUCAAAUAGUAUAGUAUUUUCUGAUUGCUUCAACUAGUGGUUUCAAAUCAUAAGUACAGAAAUUAUACUAUUGCAUUUAAACGUAAGCUGUCUGUGUGUAAAUAACUUUUUUCCUAUUCUCUAGAAUCAUGCUACUUUAUGGCCAUGUUUGGAUAAUCAUGUCUCAGCUUAUUAGUCCAAGAUAAAAAUUAGCUUUUAGCCUAUGCACACAGCCCCUUUGUUCUGCCCUUUGUGGUAAGAGAAAUCAAACCAGGAAGCUUCUAAUUAACCAUAGUUUUCCAGUUUGCCUAAGCCAGGCAAUGAUGGUUAGUUACAGGCGUCCUCUUUUGAUGAAGGGAGAAGCAAAAGUGCUGUGUUCACAGGCAGUAGGCUCAUUCAUAUCUUGGCCAAACAAGGCUACUAUGUCUUAAUGCUGGCAUUAAGAACACAAACCCUCUCCCUCUGCUAGUUAGUGCAGACCUGCUAAACUUAAAAACCUUAAGUUAUUGAUGCAAUUUGAUAUUUUUUCAUAAUUUCUAUUUAAACAGAAGUUGCAUCGUCUUCAAACUCAUCUUUAAGAGUUGCCUUAAGCCUCAAGAUUGCUUUUGCUAUCUUUUUUGUGUUAUGUUAACCUUACAUUUAUAAUAAACUUCUGUGAGUGAAACAAAGUGGCUUUACAUUCCUUUCUGUCAUUUAACUGUCAGUUAAGCUAUCAUUUAACUGAUGCAUGCCAUUAUAUAUUUAGAGAUAAAGGACAUUUUGGCAAAUAUUCUGAAGUACUGUCAUUUUUAGGAAAAUGGUGGAUUGCUUAUUGUGGCAUCUAGAGGCUGUUGUCAUCCUUUUAUUACGUUUUAAGAAUAUUGCCAAUACAUGAACAAGUGAAAAAGAAUGAAGUUCAGUCAAGAGUUAAAUCAUACCAGUAUUGGAUAUAUGAACAUAACAUUUUUGUAUCUUUUCACUAGGUUCUGAAAAACAUAGAAACCAGUUUUGAAAUCCAGUGCUUAGUGAAAGUAAGCUAUAUGGGGCAUGGCAAAUUUUCCCUCUGCUGGAAAAGGGGGAGGAGUUAUCCUUUUCUCCUGUUCCCCUUUCUCUUCUGAAAUGUUUUUCAUGAAUCCAUACUUUGAUGUUCCAGAUUAUCAUCAAAACUGUAUUUGAUCUGUAGAUAGCAUGUAACCAAAAUGCAAAUGAUAGAGUACAAAAACUGCAUAUUUUUCUACUGUUCUACAUUUGUCAUUUCCUCUUUUUAAAAAAGCACUCUCUCAUGAAACUGUGCAGAUCAAGACUUUUUUCACUUACAGUACCAAAUCCACAUUUUUCCCCUUACAGAGCGAAUCCCUGGUUCACAUGGUGACC